AUGUACUUUCUUGCAGCAAAUAUAACGGACGCCAAACAAAAGCGUGCUCUCCUACUCUACGUUGCUGGUCCCGCAGUUCAUAAGAUUUUCAAUACGUUAACCGAUACUGGCACAGAUUACAAAACAGCUGUGGAGAAACUCGAUAGUUAUUUUCAACCGAAGCCUGAAAAUGUCAUUUACGAAAGAUAUGUAUUCAAACAGACCCGACCUAGCCCUGACGAAUCGGUUGAUCAUUUCAUUACACGUUUUCGACAGCUAGCGGAUACAUGUGAGUUUGCGAGUGUAGAAGAUGAAAUUCGAGAUAAUUUUGUAAUAACUUAGCCGUCAAAGGUAUUUCGUGUAAAAUUACUUCGUGAGCCGACACUCACUCUCGAAAAGCAACAAGAACUAGCCCGGGCACAGGAAACCGCUAAUCGUCAUGCCAGUGUCAUGGCCGACGAAGAAGAUACCAAACUGAAUCGACUUACAACCAAUCGUUCUCGAAGUGGCGACCAGAACGAGUGAUUUCAACAAGAAAGCAAAACAGAGAAUAUAUCCGGAAAAUAUACUGGUAACUGUUUUAACUGUGGUAGCAACUAUUUUUCAGGUCACAAACAAGUUUGCCCAGCACAAGGAAAAUCAUGUCGUUACAGCUUGUCAUAAAUUAAAGGACGAACUGUCUAUUACUAACAAUGGUAUACUUUUACGUGACACUCGAAUUAUUAUUCCAAAGUCUCUUCAGAGUAGAACUUUGCCCAUUGCUCAUGAAGGGCACCAAGGUAUAGCCAAAACUAAAGCACUAUUACGCACUAAAGUGUGGUGGCCUGGUCUAGAUACUGCUGUAGAAAGUCUUGUAAAAUCAUGUUUACCUUGCCAGUCAGCAACUAUCCAAGCACCACAGCCAAAGGCUCCGUUAAUCAUGACUGAAAUGCCGUCCAUUGAGCGUGGUAUACGCUGA